CACUCCCAGUCCAAAGCAGCAGCGGGUACCUGCAGAACCUGUUGGUGCAGGAAGCUCGUAGAUUUUAAUCGGUGCUGCAGGCUGGCUGCUUCCAGUCUCGGUUCGGUUCGGCUCCAUCAUGAGAGCGGUGUCCUUCAAGCGGCCGGUGCUGAUCGCGGGGUGCGUGGGGCUCCUGCUUUACCUGGGGAUGUUCCUGCGGACCGGGCAUGAAGCCAGGGAGAGGACCGGCAGGCAGCUGGACCCGGACCCGGACCCGGACCCGAACCCGAACCGGGCCGUCAGGAGCUUCUCCGACCUGGAGCGAAGCCUCAACAACCUCACCAAGAUCCUGAGAGGAUUUGAGCGCAGACAGGAUGUGAUGCAGAAGAUCCUGGAGGAGGAUCGAAACUCUCAGAGGAAGGUUGCAGACGUCCUGCAGCAGGCCCUGCAGAUCGGGGCGGGCCAGAAGGAGCCGAAGGAGCAGCACCAAGACGCUGCCGCCCCGCAGAAAAAGUCCAACAAACUGUUCCCCAACUCGCCCCUCUUCAAGGACUGGGGGGAGAAUCUGUCCGAGGACGAGCAAAAAGAAGCCCAGGCACUUUUUGAGAAGUAUGGAUACAACGUUUUCCUGAGCGAUCGCCUCCCUCUGGACAGACCGCUGCCCGAUACCAGAGAAAAAGGGUGUUUGAAGAGGACGUAUGAGAAGGACCUGCCGACGGUGGGAGUGGUGCUGAUCUACCUGAACGAGGCCUUGUCCAUCCUGAAGAGGGCGCUACGCAGCAUCAUCGACCGCACGCCCAAACACCUGCUGAAGGAGAUCAUCAUGGUGGACGACAACAGCUCCAACGAAAACCUGAAAGGCGAGCUGGAUGCGUACGUUAAGUCGCUGGAGGAGGAGAACCCGGGCCUGCAGAUCACCAGGGUGAGGCACACGGAGCAGAAAGGCCUGGCGUUCGCCAGAGCGUCCGGCUGGAGGGCGGCCACCGCCGACGUGGUGGCCAUCUUGGACGCUCACAUCGAAGUCCAUGAGCUGUGGGCCGAACCGCUGCUGACGCAGAUCAAAGCCGACCGGACCACGGUGGUUUCGCCCGUCUUCGACAGGGUGAACUUCGACGACCUGAAGGUCAUCCACUACCUCCCUGCUGCGCACGCGUUCGACUGGGCGCUGUGGUGCAUGUAUGAGGGCUUCGCCCCCGACUACUACAAGCACAACGACAGCUCCCGGCCCGGAAAGAGUCCGUCGGUCAUGGGGAUCCUGGUGGCCGACAGGAAGUUUCUGGGAGAAAUCGGAGUCCUCGAUGAAGGAAUGAAGGUUUAUGGUGGCGAAAACGUCGAGCUUGGAAUUCGUGUCUGGACAUGUGGCGGCAGCAUCGAGGUCGUUCCCUGCUCAAAGAUCGCUCACAUCGAGCGUUUCCACAAGCCCUACAUGCCGGACCUGACGCCCGCCAUGAAGAGGAACGCCCUGCGGGUCGCCGAGAUCUGGAUGGACGAAUACAAACACAACAUCAACCUGGCCUGGAAUAUUCCCUUCGAGAACCACGGCAUCGACAUCGGAGACGUUUCUGAGCGGAAGAAACUGAGAGAACGACUGAACUGCAAACCGUUCAAAUGGUACCUGGACAACAUUUACCCCAAGCUGGACCCCUGGGACAACCUGCUGGCUUACGGCGCGCUGAAGAACCUGGACUCUGAGCUGUGCAUUGACCAAGGUCCAGUCCCCGGCGACACGCCCAUUUCCUACGACUGCCAUUACUACGGACCGCAGAUGGCUUAUUACCGGGGAACCGGUGAGGUGUACAUCGGCGGCAUCAAGUCCCACAAGUACAACGACAACCGCUGUCUGACUGACAGAGGGGAGAAGAAAACCACGCCGGGUCUGUUCAACUGCAAAGAGGCCAUGCAGAAAGGAAUGGGGAUAUACUGGGACUUCACCCAGGGAAAAGAGCUGAAGAACCGUCAGACGAAGCGAUGCCUGGAAAUGGUGAACAGGGUUCUGGUGAUCCAGGAAUGCACCGGCCAGCGGUGGAAGAUCCAGAACCUCAUUAAAGACUUUUAAACCAACCUUUCUGCUCAAAGGCCAACGGGUCGUUAGAGCUCUAUGCAUAAAAUGUUAAAAAAAUUGAUUUAUUUUACUGGAUAUGAAAUGGAAUCAUUUUGUAAAUUAGAUGAAGGGGAGAUUAAAUAUUUAUUUUGUUUUCAUAUCGAUAAUGUGAAUGUUGGUGCAUAUAAAAACCAACAAAUGUCCAUUUGCAGCCUCUCUGGAGCUUUUCUUCCUCUAACAGCUGGUUUUUAAAGCUGCUGUGGUUUCAGCUGGUUUCACCUUUUUAAAGGAGAAUCCGCCAUUUUCAGCUCUGAGCGACGAAUGAAAGACUUCUGUUACAAAAUGCUGUUAAAAAGAAAAAACAACAAAUGCUGUUUGGAGAAGUUAAAGGUGGAAAAGUUUGUGCUUUAUUACCUGAGAAGAUGUUGAUGAAUAAGAAAUCUGGCAUUUUGUUUCAGAUAACCUUCACUACUAUGAGAAAUUUAAUUUGGGUUUAUUUUUAUAGAAGCUGACCAGGAACAUUUAAAUGUAUAGAAAAUAUGUUAAAUUUAAAAAGUGUAACGUUGUUUACAUGGUUCUAUUAGUUUUGGGGUUUUCUUGUCGUGCCGAUAGGACGGCACAGUGUGGCUGCAGCUGCGGUUCAAAUAUGUUUUAGUUCUGUGAAAAUAAAACUUUAAAAGUGA